AUGAAGUCUCCUAACCUAUGGAACCCUGCCGAUAUACCUGAUGCAAAAUAUAUUUCUGUAGUCAGCACCAUUCUGGUUGCAACGAUACAGGAAGCUAAAGACCGUAUCUCUCAGAUAGAAUAUAUAUUUUGUAGUCAGCUCUUUCCAAGAUUUCCAAUAAAUUCUGAAAGCUUGCAGAAAAUAUACCACGAGGCGAGGGAAGCUGCAGAAGGUACAUAUAAGCAAAAGGAGAAGGAGCUGCUGCUUCAGAUCGAGAAGCUUCAGCAUCUAAAGGAUCAUGUUCUGGAAGAAAACCAAUCACUCAAGUUAGAGAAAGCAAAAUUCACAGACAUGGAUAUACAGUCUCGUAAUCAUCUGGAAGAACUUCAGAAAGAGUUGAAGCAGCAAACUAUGGAAGCAAAUGAGGGGAGGGAAGCGCAUCAGAAUCUACAGAAGCUUCUAGAAACCAAGUCAUCCCUCUUGCAUAGCUAUGAGAUGACCAUAAGAGAGCUUGAAGAAAGAAAGGCUGCGCAUGUACAGGAGCUAAUGAAGAAAUCAAAGGAAGUUGAUGGGGCAAUGGAGCUACAGAAUAAGCUUCUCCAAAUGAAUGAAACAACAUCCACUAUGAUAGCACAGAAAGAUGUCCAGCUGAAGGAGUAUGAAGAGAAAACCAAUGGGCUUGUUUCCAAACUUGAAAAUAUGGAGAACAAAGUCAAUGAGCUUCUGUUGGAACUUAAAUGCAAGGUGGAAGAAGUGGACAAGGGGAAGGAAUUGCAAAGUAAUAUGCUCAAGAAAAUUGAAUCUCAAUCCUUAGAGUUAAUGAAUAACGAACAACUGCUGAGUAAAUACAAGAAGGAUAACUGGCUUCUUGCAUCAGAAGUGGAACGCCUGGUGAAUCGCGCGGAUUCCAUCCAGAAAGAACUAGAGAAGAAAAGCAUUGAACUGGAGGAGGUGUGUAAAGUAAAAGUGCAGUUGCUAGAACAAAGUGAUUCUUUUAAUGUUGAAAGGAUCAAGAGAGGGAAGGUGCUGGAGGAACUUAUGGAGGAGAGGAAGCAGCUUCUGGAUAAACAGAGGGGAUUAGAAAAUGAAGUCAAUAAGCUUCAAAAUUGUCUAUCUGAGAGAACAGUUGAGUCUUGUGAAGGCGAGGAGCUGCAUGCAAAGUUGUUGCAGCAGAUUGAGGUUAAAGAUUCUGAGUUACUGGCUGAAAAGAAUAAAAAAAGGGAUGUUAUAACUGCUUACAAGAAGCUGAAAUCUCAAUACAAUUAUCUCCUCAAAAAGUAUGCUCUUACUUCGGAAGCUGCUGUACCUCUUGAAAAAAUGAAAGAUGAAACUGAAACAAUUGGGUGCAAUCAGAAUCUAGUCGGAUCACAUGUUGUGGAGAAAAAUAAAACUUCUGGUAUUACCGGUGAUGUAACAAAAAGACUAGAUGAACAACAAUUACCAGAGGACGGGAAAGGACAUACAUUUGUUCAAAGAUCCGGCCUCGCCUCACCAUCAACUUCAAAUAAUAUAAUUGCCCCAAAAGGCACUAACAUAAAAUCCUGUCCCGCGACUGGUGCAAAACGCCCUAUUUCUUACUGGAGGGACACGAGGUCGCACCAGAGCCAUGCAGGGCCCGAUCCCCAUGACAAUUUCCUGGAUACUCCUCUCGAAAAUGUGAGGCAAACAUUGGGGAAUGCUGUGAAGGAAGACGGUGAUGAUAUGAAUGUCGAUGCCGGGCUGCAAAAUCAACACAUGUCCCCACCCAAGACUGAGAAAUCGGGCUUCAAGUAUGUGGGGCCCGUACGUAGGAAAUCCGAGAGGGAAAAUCUGAAAGGCAUGGAGUGCAAGCAAUGCAAGAAGUUCUAUGAUGCUGUUCUGCCCGGUUCCGUUGGCGGAGAUAAGCAGAACGUCCGCUGUGAGCAUCAUGAUGGAGUGUCCCGGCACCGAGGGAGGAUCUUCUUCGUGUUCGAAGGGAUUCUGUGUGGAGGGAUUCGGGGUCCUGAAGUAAUUGUGGAUAGGGAUUUCAUGGAGGAAGAAUUAGGGCAAAAGUUGGAGAAUGUGUCGAUUGCGGAAGCCGGAAACCUAGUCAUCGACAUUGAGCCUAAAGAUGUUAGCAUCAGUGCAGAGGAGUGUAGUUGUAGCUUGUUUGAGUGGACGAAGGGAUUGUCCAGUAGCCAUGAGAAGUUCGGAGAACUCCUUAUAUGGGUUCAAGUUUAUGGGGUGCCUAUAAAUUGGCUUAGUACGGAGGUUGGAUUGAAUUUAGAAAGAGCAUACAAAGGAAUUCGAAAUGUUAACUUGGCUUGUGUUGGGAAUGGAGGAGGCCGUAUAAUUCGUAUUCAGGUCGUUCUAGACAUGAAUCAACCGCUCCCUAGGUGGUCAUUUAUCAGAUUGGGUCAGUAUGAUGACUGGCUCCGUGCUCCAGAAGGUUAUGCUCCCACGGGCUCUCCCUUGGCUAGUAAUAACAGUGAGCCUUCUUAUUCUGAAAAACAGUCUGUGGAAAACUUCAUAAAGAAUCCUCAGAGUACAUCCUCUGGGAUGAGGAAAGUUGACCAAGUGCAGAGAGCCUCUGCUGGACAACAGAAAGGAGAAUCAUCCCAUUAUCCUCAAGGGUAG